AUGCAUAAAGAAACGCUACUGAUUAUUUUUUGUUUUAUAAAAUAUAUAACAUCACAGGGUCAAGGUUUACAAUGGAUUUUGUUGACAGAUGGGACGUCAGGAGAUACACCCGCCGCUAGACGUGAUGCUGCCAUGGGCUAUGAUUCGACAUUUUUGAUCGUUUUUGGUGGUCGAGGACUUACUGGCCUGCCAUUACAAGAUACAAGUGCAUUUAAUCUAAUACAAGGCGGAUGGGAACAACUCUAUUUUCAAAAUCCGCCAAGUAACCGAUAUGGCAUGGCCUAUGCGAGUCCCAGCAGCUAUACAUUAAAUAGUGGAAUGUAUAUAUUUGGUGGCUUCGGUUACCAACAAUCGACGUUCAAUAACCCUUAUAUUGGUUACGGGAGUGGAGGUUCGAAUCAGAUCAAUUAUAACUAUGCCACACCGCCGAAUUUUAUACAAAAUCCGUCGUUAAUGAAUAAUCCAAAUUAUGUUAAUAAUCCCAAUUACAAUCCGAUGAGUGGUGUAGCCAACGGAGAUGUAUUCAACGAUCAAAAUUAUCAACCAGUACCAGAUUCAUGGUUCUUAAACUUCCAAAGCAAACAAUGGCAGCAAUUACAGACGACACCAUACGAACGUGGCUUUGGAUCUGCUGCAAUAUCUCCAUUUGGUUCUAUGUAUUUAUCAAGUUAUUCAUCGCAACCCAGAGUCGUUAUCAGUAUGGGAAAAACAAGAGAUUGGAUGUAUUCAAAUGUUGAUUCCAUAGGAAUAAUGCAAGACAUGGCUUCAUUAAAUCCCAGUUAUGCUCAUGCAAGAUACUCCCAUUCAACAGCAAUGUUAACUGAUAAUCAAAUGCUUUUGUAUGGUGGAUGUUUAAGUGGUUAUGGAAAGGGAGGUCCAUGUCCUUCAAAAGAUACUUGGUUAAUGAAUAUUGAUAAUGGUCACUGGGAACGUAUUUCCGACUGUCCACCAACAAAAAUGGGUGCAGUCAUGGUUGCCGUACCAUCAUACGGUACAUGCGCAUCGCCAUAUGCAGGAGUAUUUCCGAAUCAAAAUAUGGGUCAAGAGCAAACGAUUGCUAUUCUAUGGGGUGGAAGAGAAAGUAACCCGUCAUCAAUUGCUGUAAGGAUUAUUGCUUGUUUAAUGGUUAAAGAAACUUAUCCUAGUCCAAGAGAUGAAGUAGCUGUCUUCAGUUUAAGUUCAAAACAAUGGUAUAUGAAAAAAGCAAGACCAUUUCAAGAUGGUUCAUAUCCACUACUUCGUGAAGGAGCUGCCUUUUCUGCCGGUUGUUUCCAGGGAAUGCCAGCAUCGUCUCAGGAUGCGUUGAAUGCACCAGUAUCACGGGGUUGUGUUUACCCAUUUUCUUAUUAUCAUCUUCAUGGAAUAUUUCAAUUUUUUACGUAUGGUGUCAUUUUUCCAUUUGGUUAUAUUGUUGGACGAUAUGCACCAGACACGGCCAUACGUAAACCAUUACAUAUGAUUUUACAAAUUUUCGGCAUCCUUCUUACUAUUUGUGGUUUUUCAUUCGGUGUUCAUUCUGUUCGAGCACCAUCAUGGCUUCAUUUUAAACAUCCACAUGCCAUUAUUGGAAUCAUUACGUUUAUCUUAACGAUUAUUCAAUUUGUAAUGGGAUUAAUUGGUGCAGUAUUUAUUAAAAAACGUCAUCCAGAAAACAAUAGAAGAGAAGAAUCUGUAAAACAUGUUCAGGAAGAACCGUGGCAAGCCGAAACACCAUGGAGAUUGGGUCAUGUAGGACUUGGUACAUUAGUUUUAUUACUCGGUCUGAUUAAUAUAUCACUCGGAGUAUUUUUGGCUGUUUUACCAAUGCCCGUAUGGAUAAUUUGGUAUAUUUACUUGGGUCUCUUAGUCAUCAUAUUAGCACUGUUGGAAAUCAGACGAGCAUUAACAAAUUUAAAUAAAGAAGGAGCGUCAUAUAGAACACCAGGAAAUAAACGCUCUCAAAUAAACGGUGGAGAAUCAUAUCAUAGUAGUUAUUCAGAAGAACCACAAUUAACUAAACGUUCAUUCAACGGACGUCUGCCACCUUCUUCUGGUGAUCGAAAUUUGAGACGUGAUAAAAUACCAUUAUUAGAAUCGGAGUCUAUAUCAAGAGAUCCGAGACAACGACCAAAUGAUGUAACAGGAUCUGCAAGUCUACCACAGUAUAAUCGACCAACAGAAAGAGAUUAUCAUCCUCGGCAACAACAGCCACACACAAGAGGAAAAGAAGUUGGUCUCGACUAUUAUGUGGGCUAUACACCUGAACACGAAACAGCGAUGCCGUAUGUUAUUUGA